AUGGAGGGAAGAUUGGACCGGGAGCCCCCUGGGCCAGGAGGAGAGGAUCUCGGGCCUCAAGUUGUCCGUUUUCCCCAAUCAGUUGACUUGGGCUUUUUGACCGAGGGCCAGCGGAAGAGGAAGAGGACAAUCUUUAGCAGAUGGCAACUGGGGGAACUGGAGAGAGCAUUUGUCCUGACUCCUUACCCUGAUAUCAAUACCAGAGAGACAUUGGCCGAGAUUACCAGACUCCCAGAAUCCAAGAUCCAGGUCUGGUUUCAGAAUCGUCGUGCACGAUGCACCAAACAGCGCAAGAAGGUGAGGAACUGUCUGCUGGGGCAGCUUUCAGUCUCCCCUCUCCAGACUGAGGGUCACCUUAAACCUGCUGCCAUUGUCAGGGCACCAGAUAGAGGGCGCAUCCAGUACAGAGCUGCCUUCUGCAACAACCCAGUGAUGGGCAGGCACACCAGACACAACUUCAGAAAUGGAACCUCCCCAAUGCAGCAGCAGGGCAGUCCAUCAAACCUCUCUCCAGCCUUCCAUGAUCAGCUUAUGUGGGAGAAUAGCUCAGUUUUCAGCUCCCUGCCUCAGCCACAAGGGUGCAUUGUCUCCAGAGAUGAUGUCAGUCAGUUCAACACCUGCUUCGGACUUAGGAGUAAAGGUGGCACAGUGACUCCCUCCAGAAAUCACGCCGCCAAUUUUGCACAGCUUGCAGGAUCUGACCAAGUUGUGCCGCACCUGGAACCAGGACCCGGAGAGCAGGGAGAAGGAGGAACACACACCUCCCUCCGUUGCACCUCUGACCUCAUCUACAAUGCUGCGAUUGUCAUCAACGUGUAA